CAAUUUCAAAAUGAGUAAUUUUGAAAAUGAGUUUCAAAUUGAACCACUGCUGGCACAAAGCAGGAAUGGGCUACCUUUACCAUCGCUGGGCAACAAUAGACCUGCAACACCCAAGACCUGCAAGUACUACGUCGACUCUUCAUUCUAUUCCCGUAACAAUCCUCAUCCCAGAAGGGUCUAUCACAUCAGAGGUCUGAACAAUGCACUGGUAUGCAAGGUGGAUGAUGAUCCGGUUUGCCCCAAAGUACCAGGCCGGUCACAAACACCUAAACAAGAGCUCCUCCGACCCAAGCGGCCAAUCAAUGCCAAUAUUCCAGUCACACCUCCAUAUCCGGCACAUCUCAUCACAGGAUUGCCACUGUUCCCGUGUAAAGAAGAGUCACAACCUGACAUCAGAUUAUUAUAUUCCCAGGCUUGGAAGGAAGCACUGAAGGACCUAACUGCCAGAGUGGAAUUCUUAGCUGAACCAGGAACAGAAGCAAAAGAGGAAGAGAAAUGGGCCAGCCAGUAUUCGGGUGAGAGGGGGAGUCUUUGUUUCUCACCAUCACGGCCAGUAUCACGAAACUCCUACAGACCAAGCUCGCAUACUGGAACCGACAAAGGUGUGAGACCGGUGCUCUCAGAGACUGAACGUGAAAUCCUUGUGAUGGAACUGCUAUCUCAGAUCCUACAGACUGACUCACUUCAAGCAGUCCAGCAAUGGUUACUUGUGACAAGUCCGAAAGACAAAGAAGUGGUGUUGGAUAUGAUUCGUAUGGCAAUGGCGAAUAUGAGGUCCGCAAAUCCAAACGGGCCGGGCUGCACUGUGUCGAAGGAAGGUUCAGCUUUGCACCAGACAGCUGAAGACCCAGAAGCAAUAUUCCGAGCACCAACUGCCUGUGAGAGACGCCGUGCACGGUCUCAACAGCAGAGAUUGGAGGCAAUCUUGGAGAAGGAGCCAGAUAAAAAAGAUUUCAAUGUUCUGGAAAACAAAAAGUCGCCUCGUUCUUGCCAAUACAAUUCACAGAGUAAAACUGCAAAGAAGCCAAAAGCACUUGGAGAUAUAAGGAAAAUUCUCAAUGUGCCUUCUUCACCUAUAAUGGAAGGGAAAUUGUGUCAUAGUAAGAGUGAUUUAUAUAAAAUUUGAAAGAAAAUUGCAUACCCCUUCAGCAGUUUGCAACAAAUGAGCUUGCAGAGUUGUUAGAAGUAAAUUUUUUUUGAAGUUAAUGGAAGUAUCAAUGUGCAGAUUAUGUCAUCCAACUUCCUCAAUUUAAAUUACAGAUAGGUCCAAGCACAUUACUGCAAAGGAAAUGCAGUAAUCUUAAGGAAUUUUAGAGUCACAAUUUUGGUUUUAUAACAUAGCAAUGUGGCUACUAUCCUACGAAUGUACUUGUACUGUGACUGUAGCAUUAAAGAUGGCAUGUCUUUCUCACUGCACAACAAAACUAAAAAUACAAGCAUUUUAUCUAAAAAGUUAUUUCAAUAUAUUAUUACAAGUUAUUGCUGAUAUUAAUUCUCUCUCCUUGCAAAUUAUUUUAAGAUAUUGCUGGCAGCAUUUAUUACCCAACUCUAAAUACCCAUUAGCCCAGUGACUCACUUAGAUAUAUCAUUUGGAGACCUCUAUGUUAUGGGAUGUGAGUGAUGUAUAGACUAGACCUAUAAAGACAAUUACUUUUCUUCCUUAAAGACAAGACCAUAAGACAUAGGAGCAGAAUUAAGCCAUUUGGCUCAUCAAGUCUGCUCUGCCAUUCAAUCACGGCUGAUCCUUUUUCUCUCCUUCCUCAGUCCCACUCCCUGGCCUUCUCACUGUAACCUUUGAUGCCAUGGCCAAUCAAGAACCUAUCAAUCUCCAUCUUAAAUACACCCAAUGACCUGGCCUCCACAGCUGCCUGCAGUAACAAAUUCCACAAAUACACCACUUCCUGGCUAAAGAAAUUCCUCCCCAUCUCUUUUAAAUGGACGCCCCUCUAUCCUGAGGCUGUGCCCUCUUGUCCUAGACUCCCCCACCAUGGGGAAACAUCCUUCCCAUAUCUGCUGUGCUUUUGUUAUGACAAUCAGAUCAUUUUUAUAAUCAGAAGGACUAAUAUAGCUUGCAAUUCAAACAUUCAGUGAAUUUAGAUCCCUCAACUGCAUCGUUGGAAUAUGAAGGUGUUCCAAAUGAUUGGAAGCCCAACAACUCUAUUCCUUUUAAUACAGCUUAACAAAGCAAAAUGAUUAUUCUGUUGACUGCAACUUGGUAUAUACUUGGAUACACUUUGUGUUCCUUAACCCAACCUCAACAAGAAAUACAAACGUUUGUACACCUUAACCCACGCGAAACCAACUAUUACUGCAAGUUCAGAGGACUAUCUACAUCCCUUAAGGUUCUAAUUUCUCUUUUAUUCUUUACUUUAAUUUGUGUUCCUAUGUAUUUGAAUACAUGAAUACAGUGAAUAAUUUAACAGGAAUUACUUUGGAAGUUCUUGCAUUUGUCAUUCUCUAGAAUAAUCCUGUUUGAAACAAUUUGUUCUUGUUUUGAGAAUGGCACCUUCUCUCUAGCAGCCCAUCAUUUAAUGCUUCCAUGCAAAUAUAGCAAAAUCUUCCCAUUAUAUAAAAGUAAUCCAAGUGUUGUUC